AAUGAAUAAGAUGCUGGAUCAGUCGCUGGUUGAUGCUGAGGAUCUUGUCUUGGAGGAGGUUGGAAUCCUAAUUGUGGCCCAGGAACAUGUCAGAUCAGAUUCGACACAUGAUUGAAACUUUUAAGACCUAUCCGGGUCUGAGUUUGGAAGAGGACUGGAAGGUGGUGACUAUGCUGAUCGGCAUGAACGACAUCUGCGACUACUGCAAAAACAAGAGUCUGUUCUCUGCGGACAAUUUUAUCUACUAUGUGACCGAGGGUCUUGAAAUGAUGAUGAACCAGCUCCCGAGGACCAUCGUCAACGUAGUGCAGAUACUCCACAUGGAGCCCCUCAGAAAUGUCCACAGGCCCACGCUGGGCUGUCAGCUUCAAAAGCGUUUCUGUUCAUGUCUCGUUCAACCUGAAGACAAUUCUGCCGAGCUGAAGGAGCUGCUGGAGCUCAAUGCUCUGUUCCAGAGAAAACUCCAGGAACUUCUCCAAGGCGAGCGCUUCUUCAAAACGGACUUUGCCGUCAUCCUGCAACCUUUCUUGGAGAAGGCGGGCCCGCCGAGACUUCCUGACGGUUCAGUGGAUGUGAGCUUCUUCACGGCCGACUGUUUCCACUUCACCGUCAAAGGACACGAAGAACUGGCCAAGGGGCUGUGGAACAACAUGUUUCAGCCCGAAGGUGAGAAGCAGAUGAUUGAUAGCUUCUCAGAUCCAAUCCGACUUAUCUGUCCACCAAAGGAGCAUCCUUACAUUUACACCAGACCUCGUGUCAACAAGUCAUCUGCCUCCAUCGUCAAGAAAUCUACGAUGUCAAUCAUCUUUAUUUUUGUCUGUUUUAUUUAUUAGCAUAAAUGCUAACAGUAUAUGUCGCUAAAUGGUUGUAAUUGGUAUAAGUAAUACAGUAUGUAGAAUAAAGUCGAAAAAUGUAACAACUCUUGUGUAGUCCAAAGUAGCGGAGUAAGAGUAGUAUUUUCUCUUCACAAAUCUACUCAAGUAAAAGUAAAAAGUAUAGCUUAGUAAAACUACUUUUAAAAGUACAUUUUUUUCUUAAAAAGUUACUAAAGUAAAUGUGAACACAGUACCCUGUGAAGUAUUCCGAUCACCUGAGAUUGUUAAAAUACAUGAAGGUCAUAAUUUCACUAUUUAGAUGUCUCUAUUUUAAUAAUACAUCAUUUUUAACAUUGUAUUUUAUCAAGAACAUUUCACAUUCACGAAUCAAAGUUUCUA